AUGAUACAGCCAUGGCGAGUGAAGAACGUGCUUGGAGCUUUGCUCUUGUCUAGAUCGCGAUUUGCGCAAUCUUUGAACUACGAUCCGCGCGAAACUGACUGGAAUCUCAAUACCAAAGCUGCGUCGAAUCCUCUGGAGUAUUCAGGAACAUGGGAGGGCCAUGUGUCUCAUUCGUCGCCUGAAAACUGGCGGAUUCCAUUCUAUACGCUCUUCCUUGACAGAUUCGUGAAUGGAGAUCCAACUAACGACGACAUCAACGGCACACUGUUUGAGCAAGAUGUCAUGGGAACUACUAUGCGUCAUGGAGGAGAUCUUCUAGGCUUGGUUGAUACGUUGGACUACAUCCAAGGCAUGGGUAUCAAGGGUCUCUAUGUAGCCGGAACGCCGUUCAUCAAUAUGCCGUGGAAAUCGGACGGCUACUCGCCGAUUGACUUCACCUUGCUGGACCACCACUUCGGGAAAAUCGUCGAGUGGAGAGCAGCGAUUGAUGAAAUCCAUCGACGUGGAAUGUACAUUCUCCUUGACAAUACAUUCUCUACCAUGGCUGAUCUCAUUGGCUUCAAUGGUUUCCUGAACGAAUCUACGCCCUUCCUACCUGACGAGCAUCAAGUAUCUUGGAAGACUAAUCGUCGUUACCCUGAUUUUACUAUCGGAAAUACCAAGACCUCGACAUGCGAGCUGCCUCGCUUUUGGGAUGAUAGGGGCAUACUGGUCACCAAAGGUGCCAACAUAGACAAUUUCUCUACUACUUUUGACCAACUCAGGUCACUUGGUAGCUGCUAUGACAGUGACUUUGAUCAGUACGGCGAUACAGAAGCAUUUGGUGUAUUUCCUGAUUGGCAAAGACAAUUGUCAAAGUUUGCGUCUGUACAAGACAGACUGCGCGAAUGGAAGCCAUCGGUGCUAGAAAAACUCAAGCACUUACACUGCCUUACCAUAUCCAUGCUUGACAUCGAUGGCUUCCGACUCGACAAAGCCACACAAGCGACUGUUGACGCUUUGGCCGACUUCAGCGAGUCAAUUCGCGAGUGUGCUCGGAGUAAUGGCAAGGAAAAUUUUCUGAUAGUUGGCGAAAUCACUGGAAGCAACAGCUUCGGGUCAAUCUAUCUUGGACGUGGUAGAGAGCCUGAUCAGAAGAUUGUUGAGCUUGGAGAUGCCGUGAAGACGAGCAACGAAUCAGACGACAAGAUCUUCCUACGCGCCGCGGGCAAAAGUGCUCUGGAUGCUUCUGCUUUCCACUACAGUAUCUAUCGUAUGUUGCAACGCUUUCUUGGUAUGGAUGGAAAUCUCACAGUAGGCUACGACAUCCCCAGCAACUUUGUCGACGGUUGGAAUGAGAUGUUAUUGACCAACGAUCUUGUGAAUCCUAACACUGGAAAGUUCGACCCAAGACACAUGUAUGGCACGUCGAACCAGGACGUGUUUCGCUGGCCAGCUAUUAAAGAUGGUACACAAAAAAUGCUUCUCGGUCUGUUCAUGACUACUUUGCAUAUGCCUGGUGUGCCUUUAUUGAAUUGGGGCGAGGAGCAGGCACUGUAUACUUUUGACAACACGGCUUCCAACUAUGUAUUUGGACGCCAGCCAAUAUCGUCCUCACUCGCUUGGCAAACCCAUGGUUGCUACAAGCUCGGCUCGGACAUAUUCCACGACUUCCCUAUUGAUACGGGGGCCCGCGCUUGCAAGGAUGACAACGUAUCUCAGGAUCAUCGAGACCCCACUCAUCCUGUUCGUAACAUCAUUAAGUCCUUUUACCACCUCAGAAGCAAGAACCCAAUCCUCAAUGAUGGGUGGUCAUUGCAGUCCCUCUCGAAUCAGACGCGUGAUGUUUACCUCCCAGGCUCCAACGGGACAGUAACUCAGGUUGGCAUGUGGAGUGUCAUGCGUAACCAGUUUUUCAACGGCGUCCAGAAUCUCACUGGAAGUACGGAUACAAAGCCCGCAGUAUGGCUCGUCUACCAAAAUGAAGACCAUACUGUCGACUACACUUUUGACUGCUCUUCCAACGAUACUGCCCUAGUCUCCGUGUUCGAUGAAGAUGAAGAAGUCCGGAACUUGCUAAGUCCAUACGACACCAUAGUACUCAAGCGAGGCAGGCAAAAGCUCGAGAUUGACGGCUCGAAAAAGUUCAAUGGCUGUCUUGACAAGCUUACCUUGGGUGCCUGGGAUUUCAGAGUCUACGUCCGCAAAGCAGACUGGAUUGAACCCGCACCAAUGCUGACGAGAUUCGAUCCUGGACAUGAUGCGCGAAUCUUGUCUAAGGUCAGCCAAAGUGAGACAGAGUUUAUCGAUGUUGAGUUUCAAUAUUCUCAAGAGAUGGACUGUGAUUCCAUCACCAAGGGGAUAUCGAUUACAUCGACCACUGCGAACAAGGGGAGUCCUACUCUCGAUGUUGAAAGCGUCGUCUGUAGCAAGAUCCAGGACUCUAAUCCUCCACCCUACAUCGGCGCCAUCACAUCAGCAUGGAGUUGGAAGGCUACGCUGGUUGACGUGUCGCACGGUGUACACAGUCUGACCAUCAAGGAUACAUCGACAGUAGAUGGGGUCUCUAGCGACUCGACAGAUCAUGUUUUCUUCCGUAUAGGACAAGCUGGAAAUCCCAUGGUGUUUCCGCGCACUGCCAAUCACAGCAGCAAUGUACUCUCCAAAGGCAAUGGUGGAGACUUGCUUGUCGCACAUCAAGCUGCUGGAGCUGACAAAUGGCGUUACUCGACCAACUGGGGCUCUACGUGGAGUGACUGGCAAAAUUAUGACGGCGCGACUUCAACCGUCACGAAACAAGCUUGGUCGGGUGCGAAACAUCAAAAGUGGAGCGGUGAUCAUAUUGUACUUCAAUACUGGAGUCGUACGGUCGGCAGUAGCACUCACAUUCAACACGCAGAUGUGGACCAAACGCAAGGACCUCGAAGAUUUCCUCACAUGUUCGCAAACGGUAUCUUCAACCAAUUCGGCUUCGAUGGCGGCUUACGGAACGCUUUCAAGCGAGCUGGUGACGAUUGGAGAUUCCACUUAAUGACCGAGUGGCCACACCAAGUCCAGGUCAAUGUUUGGGGGAUGAAUCCUGACGGCCAACCGGACCAAUCGUUCAUCUACGGAGACAUUGAUAACGACACUGUUCUCGACCGACUACCACCUGAUGCUCUAAGUCCCGCCUUGAUCAAUCUUACCGAGUUUCCUCCCAGCCCUUAUCUCGCCUACAAGAUCAGCAUCAGCGAUGCCAGCUUCACAUACAAGCUCAUUCCUACCGGUAGUCGACUGGUCCAAGUUCUCAUCUUCGCUUUACUAUGGUCUUGCCCCAUUCUGACUGGCGUCGUGAGUAUCUGGACCUACAUGGGCGCAUUUUAUGGCGUGAAAUUCAACAAGAAUGGUCUUUCACUACCUAAGGGCAUGCCAUCUUUUUGGAACCGCCACAGGUUCAGCAAAUUGGCAGAUGAAGAUGCCGAAGACAACCAGGGCCACCGCAUGAAACCAUUGUUUUUGGGAAAGUCUCACCAACGCUAUGAUUCUGGUACAUCGGGCAUUACAAUUGCUGCCAACAAAGACAAGAGACGCAAAGUGAUCAUUGCCACCAUGGAGUAUGAUAUCUCGGACUGGAACCUGAAGAUCAAAAUUGGUGGACUUGGUGUCAUGGCGCAGUUGAUGGGAAAGAGCUUGACUCACCAGGACUUGAUAUGGGUUGUGCCUUGUGUGAGCGGUAUUGACUACCCAAUAGACCAGAUUGCGGAUCCCAUGAUUGUAACAAUUCUUGGAAAUCCAUAUGAGGUUCAAGUGCAGUAUCAUCAGCUCGGGAACAUCACCUAUGUCCUUUUGGAUGCUCCAGUCUUCAGAAAACAGACCAAGACAGAGCCUUAUCCUCCAAGAAUGGACGAUCUUGACUCUGCUAUCUACUACAGCGCGUGGAAUGCUUGUAUCGCUGAAACAAUCAAGAGAUUCGAGCCAAAUAUUUACCACAUCAAUGACUACCACGGAAGUGCCGCACCUCUAUACUUGCUUCCAGAAACUAUCCCAUGUUGCUUGUGGCCGAUGCGUACAGAUCAAGAAUCUGACGAAGUGUCGCGUGUUUACAACCUAGACAAAGAUGUCAUCCAAAAGUAUGUUCAAUUUGGAGAGGUGUUUAAUUUGUUACACGCAGGCGUGAGCUACUUGAGAAUUCACCAGAAAGGCUUCGGCGCUGUUGGAGUAUCCAACAAGUAUGGCGCUCGCUCCUUCGCUCGCUAUCCGAUAUUUUGGGGGCUAAGUUCAGGUAUUGGCAAGCUCCCUAAUCCUGAUCCAUCUGAUACCGCGCCUUGGACUCGUGAGGAAGAGGAGAAUCAAGCCAUCACGGUCGAUCCAGUAUACGAAGCUUCACGAGGUGACCUCCGUCGACAAGCGCAAGAGUGGGCUGGACUCGAAAUCGACCCAAAUGCUGAACUUUUCGUAUUCGUCGGCCGAUGGAGCAACCAGAAGGGAGUUGAUCUGAUUGCCGACGUUUUCCCUAAUAUUCUCGAGAAACACCAGAACGUGCAGCUCAUAUGUGUCGGACCGGUUAUCGACAUGUAUGGCAAAUUCGCAGCACUGAAACUUGGAGUCAUGAUGAAGAAACACCCGAAGCGUGUUUACUCGAAGCCUGAGUUUACUGCACUACCUCCUUUCAUCUUUUCCGGUGCAGAAUUUGCUUUGAUCCCAUCCAGAGAUGAGCCUUUCGGUCUGGUGGCUGUCGAAUUUGGACGCAAAGGCGCCCUAGGCGUUGGUGCUAGAGUUGGUGGCCUGGGUCAAAUGCCUGGCUGGUGGUUCACAGUAGAAUCGACGACUACUGCUCAUUUGAUCCAUCAAUUCAAAUCGGCAAUCGAAGACGCCUUGGCAGCCAAGACCGAUGUCAGAGCGAUGAUGAGAGCUCGCUCGGCCAAGCAAAGAUUCCCUGUGCAGAAGUGGGUGGAGGAUCUCAACACGCUGCAGAGUACGGCUAUCCGCAUCCACCAACGUGAAGCGAACUAUGGACUACAGCCCUCUCGAAGAUCAGGCUCGCACUUUGACAAUGACUCGAGUGUCCUAUUGGCUCUUUCGAGAGACGCAAGUCCGGACGCUGCGUCAGCUUACGAGACUCAACCACGAACCGGCCCUUCGCCAUGCGAUCUGAAUCGCACACUUUCUCUUGGGUCGAGGGCCGGGCCUGGUCACCACGGUAGAACUCCUCGGGUGCUCAUUACCGAAGCCGAUAUCUCUGAAGGUGACGGCGACGGCACUUUUGGCAGCGAGUAUAGCCAAGAUAUGGAAGAAGCGACCAUCUCUCGCGAGGAGGCUGACGCCUUUGCAGUAGGAUCUGCGAGAUCUGAUGCUCUAGAGCGGCUCGAAGGCAGGGGCAGACGCACAUCACUAAGUACGCCACAGCCUGCGCUGAUGUCUGGUCGUCAUUCUAGAUCACCAAGCCCAGGCUCCAGAGAGAUCCACAGGGGUAGGAGUCGGAAUCGUAGCUCUGGACCAUAUCUAUCUGUCCAGGCAGGAGAACCAAACCGGAGGGCAAGUGCUGACAGCCUUCUUCCCAUCGCUGAGCCACGUGAUCGCUCAGGAUCUCGUCUCAGCACUUCCUCAAGGCUUAGUACAUCCUCUCAACUGGACUUGACGACUGUCGUAGGCAGUAAGAGAGACUACAGCUUGCAGAAAAUUGAGCUCAACUUCGAUGAUAAGACUGGUGAAUACUACCGUGUGUUUGAAACAAUGCUGGACAAGCUCAGUGGCAAAACAUCUGAGAAAGACCUCUGCAUCGAGGAAUAUCUAGUUGAGAGCGAAAAGGCAUGGUUCAAAAAGUAUCGCGAUGCCAAGUUGGGCAGAUCACGCGGACGUGCCUCGUCUACAAAUCUGCGUGGCAACCGUCAGAUUGUCUCGCCUUAUGGCUCCAGGGGCUCCUCGGUGGAUGGCCACGAACAUGGGAACGUUGAGGACAGAGAAGGCUCAAUGGAAGACUUCCUGCUUGGCGAGAACUACCAACGACCUUCUCUCGUCAAACGCUGGAUGCUGACACGACUUGGAGAUUGGCCUCUGUAUUCGUUCCUGCUUGCUCUCGGACAAAUAAUGGCUGCAAACAGUUACCAAAUCACGCUACUGACUGGUGGUGAGGACCCCAAACCGUCAAUGAUCUACACGAUUGGUGGCAUCUACAUUGCAGCUUCUGUUUUGUGGUGGCUUCUGUUCCGUACCAUGAAGGCUAGAUUCGUACUUUCUGUGCCGUUCAUCAUGUAUGGCUUGGCGUUUCUGUUUAUCGGGAUGGCGCCGUUCCUUCCCAAAGGCGCUGGGAGAAACUGGAUACGCAAUGUGGCAGACGGGAUAUACGCAGCUGCUUCGGCAAGUGGAAGCGGUUCGCCCAUUUCCUCUUGGGUAUAUCGAGCAUGUGUCAUCCAGGGUACACAACAGCUCUAUAUCACCGGUCUGUUCUACUGGGGACGGACGCUCACCGUAGCCACAACAAAGCAGAAGAUUGAAAAGGACACACUCUCGUCUUCGCCAAUCAUGGCUGCCAUCACUCUUCCGAUUGCAGCACUUCUAUGGAUGAUCUCUCUCAUAUUGUUCACCAGCCUACCUGCAUAUUAUCGACAGCGCCCUGGCAAGAUCCCUAGCUUCUACAAAACUCUAGCCCGACGCAAGCUUAUAUCCUGGUUCUUCGUGGCCGUGAUUUUGCAAAAUUACUUCUUGUCCUCCCAAUACGGCAGAUCUUGGCAAUAUCUCUGGAGCUCGACGUAUGCUCCCGUAUGGGUUAUAGCAAUACUGGUUCUCGUGUUCUUCAUCAUUGUAUGGGUAUUGGUACUCUUCAUCUUCAGUAAGCUCAGCAAAAGUCACAGCUGGAUCUUACCAAUUUUCGCUAUCGGUCUGCUAGCUCCUCGCUGGGCGCAACAAUGGUGGGGUACCUCUGGCUUUGGUCUUUGGCUACCAUGGAUGCCUGGAGGUCCUGAAGGAGGCGCUAUAGCAGGUCGAGCACUCUGGCUUUGGCUAGGUGUCUUGGAUGCUCUCCAGGGUGUUGGCUUUGGCAUGAUGCUACUGCAGACCCUGACGCGCAUCCAUAUUGGUGUCACGCUAAUCUCGGCUCAGGUUUUGGGUACGGCAGUCACACUUAUCGCGAAAGCGACCGCGCCAAAUCGAGAUGGUCCUGGAGAUGUGUUUCCGGAUCUGAGUGCUGGUGUGAUAGAGGCCAUCAGUAAACCUUGGUUUUGGAUCGCGCUUACCUGUCAGCUUGUCAUACCGAUUGGGUUCUUUAAGUUCUUCAGGAAAGAGCAACUUUCAAAGCCUUGA